UGAGGAAGAGCAGCCUAGUUCAUUAGACACUGACAGAGAGAGCACGAUGUCUGAUUUAAGAUGCAUUCAAAUGUCCAUAUUUCUGAUACUGCUGCUUCAUAUGACAGGUGGGUGCAUGGCACGGGUGGUGACAGUGUCUCCUGGUCCAUUAAUUCGGGUGGAGGGUCAGCCGGUCUCCAUCAGAUGUGAAGUUAAGGAGUACAGUGGGCCUCGUGAGCAGGAUUUUGAAUGGAUGAUGUCCAGGGAUGCAAACGGGAAGAUGAUAAAAAUAAUCUCCACCUUUGACGCCAGUUUUACCUCGAGCUUGCUCAAGAGUAGAGUUGAAAUAGGUAACAUCUCAAUGGUGCGGCUCCAGGAGAACAUGGUGGAGCUGAAGAUAGCGGAGGUGAAGGUGCUGGAUUCUGGUUUCUACUGGUGUGAAACGCCAAGUACUGACUCCUUCAUCAGUGGCAAUUAUAAGGCUCAGGUCCAACUCAUUGUCAAGCCCAACACCCUCAGGGUCUCCCCCCAGACCCCACCCUCAUUUGUCCUGGAAGGAAGUGACAUCACACUGCCCUGCAAGGUCACGCAAGAACUCACCCAUAACACCUACCUGUCCAUCACCUGGUUGGUGAAGAAGGGAGCAACACCAGAGGAAAUUCUGACAUUUGGCCCACAGUUAGACGUAGUUGUGGGGCAGAAGUUUGCUUGGCGCUUCGCCAACGGAGGCAUCCGAUUGGUUCCUGUGAGUUAUGGAUUGUAUGAAUUAGUGAUUUCCAGAGUGAAUUCAUCUGAUGAAGGGGUUUAUGCAUGCAACGGAGCUGAAUGGACUCAUGAAACCGGAGGGGAAUGGAUAAAAAUUGUGGAGAGCACAAUAGAGAUGGGAAAUGUUUCUGUCAAUGCUACAGAUGUAGAUGCAACAAGAUCAACAACACAAGAAGAUUGCUCUGUUCUGACCAGCAUAAUGUUUGUUAUGCGCGUGGCUGAACUCCUCCUAAUUACUGUGAUUACUGUUCUUCUCAUCAGAGCUCGAGGGAACCAGAGACCACCUGAUGACAAGUCUGUGAAUAAUGAUGACAAUGAUGGCGUGGUGAACUAUGAAAACUGCGGAGAAACUUCCACCUCUGUCAGACUGCACUGAUCAAGAACUUCCAAAUCAACAUCAGCUCAUCAGAGAAACAACUCACUGCAGUUAAAUAACAUCACAUUUACAUAAGUAGUUUAAGCCUGCAGAUUACAAAAAUCUUAUGAGAUCAUUUUCAGUUUUGGACGACUGACAAUUCAAUUGUUUUGUUUUUAUUCAUCAAUGUGAGUAAUGUUUGUGUGUUUUGUGUGCUAAGCCAUUUCUAUUUUAAUUUACCUUUGUUAAAUGAAAUUCUUUAUUUCAUCUAAUUUCAGGAUGUUAUUGAUGUGUAUUAGUUCAGUUUAGAACACGGGACUUGGAUUUUAAAGGAAAAGACAAUUUAACUUUUGUUAACUUCUUUAAAUCAUCUUCCAACUGAAGAAUUCAGACUUGAUUUUGAGGUUUACAGGUUGUUUUUUAAGCUACAGCAGCUCAAGCUCAGAUUCAUAUGUCUGUGUGUAGAAGAUUUGGGAUAUUUAUGUGUUUGGCUUAAAUGGGUUUUCAGUCAAAGGACCAGUGUGUAGGAUUUAGUGGUAUCUGGCGGUAAAGUUGUCCAUUGCAACAAAUUAAACACUGCUGGUGUCUAUAUCUGACGACCUGAGAAUGAGAAUGGGCUGAGGAGAAACUACAGUGCCCAAAAAACUCACAAAAACACAAAAGGCGCUCUCUACAGCCAGUGUUUGGUUUGUCCGUUCUGGCCUACUGUAGACACAUGGCUGUCUCUGUGGAAGACAACCCGAGGCAUUUGUAGAUAAAACUGGCUCAUUCUAAGGUAAUAAAAACACAACUGUGCUUAUGUUCAUGUCAUUAUACUAUUAUAAACACGGUUAUGAAUAUUAUAUUCCGUUUCUGCUAAUAGAGCCUCCUAAAUGUUACACACUGGACCUUUAAUGGAGUCAGUAACAGUCUUCUUUUUAUUAUAUCUGUUAACAAUAUAAUCUGUAAUUAAAGAAAUGUUUAAUUCUAUCAUCCAAA